UAGAGACGUUGGUGUCAAAGCUGGAGGAUAAAGUUCAAAGUCUCGAGGAAGGCUCCUGCAUGGAUGCAUUAAUCCUUCCUCUCCAUGGUUCAUUGCCACAAGAAAUGCAGUAUACUUUUGCGUGUAUUCAGUUCACCCCCUCCAAACUGUAGGCGUUUUAUUGUUGCCACAAACAUAGCUGAAACUUCUUUGACCGUUGACGGUGUUGUGUAUGUUAUUGAUUCUGGUUACGUGAAGCUACAUCAAUACAACCCAGCAACUGGAAUGUACUCUCUCGAUGUUGUUCAAAUUAGCAAGGUACAAGCUAAUCAACGUGCUGGAUUAGCUGGAAGAACACGCCCUGGGAAGUGCUACCGUUUAUACCCAUCCAGUGUUUACAAUGAUGAAUUCCUUGAUGGAACUGUUCCUGAAAUACAGCGAUCUUCUCUCGCUGGCAGUGUUCUUUAUCUAAAAUCAUUGGAUUUCCCUGAUAUCGAUAUUCUGAAGUUUGAUUUUCUUGAUCCCCCUUCUACUGAGUCAUUAGAAGAUGCUUUAAAGCAACUGUAUCUGAUUGAUGCCAUUGAUGAAAAUGGAUCGAUAACAAGUAUUGGGCGAACAAUGGCUGAGCUGCCAUUGGAACCUUCACUUUCAAGAACUUUAAUUGAGGCAAAUGAAUUUGGUUGUUUAUACCAGGCUCUGACUGUUGCAGCCAUGCUAUCGGUUGAAACCAAUUUGCUUCCCGGUCAAAGCAAGAAUGACGAAAAUAAAAGGAAGAUCCCACCCUUGGAACUUCCUGAUGGUUCUGGUUUUGGAGAUCACAUCCAACUCUUACAGAUCUAUGAAUGCUGGGAUGAAAAUGAUCACAAUAUUGAUUGGUGCAAGGAUUAUGACUUAGAGGUGCGAGGAAUGAUGUUUGUCAAAGAAGUUCGAAAGCAGUUGUGUCAGAUAAUGCAGAAGAUAGCCAAGGGGUCAUCGGAAGUGCGAUCAAAUCAAAGCCAGAAAAGUGAUCAGUGUUAUAGGAAUUUGAGGAAGGCAUUGUCCAUUGGCUAUGCUAAUCAGCUUGCUGAGAGUAUGAGGCAUCAUAAUGGCUUUCGAACCCUGGGUUUUAAGCCGCAACUAGUGCAGGUCCAUCCUUCCUCUGUGCUAAAGCCAGAUGACGACGGAUUAUAUCCAAAUUAUGUUGUCUACCAUGAACUUAUUGCUACCUCACGGCCAUAUAUGAGGAAUGUGUGUACCGUAGAGCGUCAAUGGGUGAUGCCGAUUUUAGAGAAACUUGACAAACUCGAUGUCAGAAAAUUAAGUGGUGGAGGAUUGGGUCAUUUAGAAGAGGUAACCAAGGAAAGUAAAAUCCAGGCAGCAAGGGAAUGUUCUUAAGUAAUCAUUUGGUUUUUCCAAUCAAUUGUUGUUGAAAGUUUCUGCAAACUCGUGUACUUGAUCAUAUAGAUUAAUUAAGAAAAAAAAUAAACACUUAUAGUUUUAUUCCACUUC